AUCGAAUGUUAUUAACAGCUAAUAUAAAUGAUAAUUAUGAAAAUAAUUAUUUAAAUUCAAAUGAUAAUAUAUUUAAAAAUGAUAAUGAAGGAGGAAUACAUAUAAAUAAACAAAAUCAUCCAUUUGAAAUAAAUCAUUCAGGUUUUUAUCCAACGUCAUGUAUUGAAUUUGAACUUGUUGGUUUAGCUAUAUGUGCUGCAUUAAAUUUUCAAAAAAUUCAUGAAGCUGAAGGAUCAAAUUUUGAUCUUGGUGGUCCUGGUGUUAUUCCAUCUAUAAGUAAUACAUCAACAACUCCUUAUGAUGAAACAACACAAUGUUUACCAGCAUUACGUCUUCUACGACAAAUGGUUCAAAUAUGGUUACAAGAUUUACAAUCAACAAAAAGUUUACUCUAUGAACCAGCACUUAAACGUACUAUUCAAAUAUUUAUGAGAAAAUUACUUGUACAAUUACUUGUUGAAUUACAACGUAUUGAUAGUACAACAGUAUAUGGAAAUUUAAAUAAAAUUAUUUUAGCAACAAAACGUUGGUCACUUAUUGAUACACGUUUAUAUAUUAAAGUUAUACUUGAACAUCUUCAAUUAAAAGAUUUAACAUCAACAAUAUGUUUAGAAUUAAAAUCUAUUUAUCAUUGUUUAUGGUGGUUUGAUGAUAAAAAUUAUUGUGGAUUUCGUAUAUGGUCAAAUACAAAAGGACAAAUUGAUGAUAAUAUUGAUAAUAAUGAUGAAGAAGAAACAAUUUUUGAUUGGAAUAUGAUUGUUUAUUUACCACGUGUUGUUCAAGAUUAUUUUGAAACUAUUAUUUAA